AUGUCCCUCGACACCUCCUCCCUCCCACCACCCCCACCAAUCUCCCGCCGCACGGUGCACAUGGCCGGCCUGCUGGUCGACGUGUACGGCCUGGAGGAGCUUUUCUCCUCCGAGGCAACCCGCGUGUCGUGUCUGUGGCUGCACCAUCAGCGGACCCGCCGCAAGGAGGACAUGGCCGACAUUGCCGCGCGGUGUGUCGGAGCUUGGAACAGCAACAACGACGACGGCAAACCUUCUUCUUCAAGUAAGAAGCAGAGGAGGGGACUGAUUGCCCUGGCCUACGACCAGCGGAACCACGGCACCAGGCUGGUCAGCGAGCGGGCCAACGGGUCGUGGCGCGAGGGAAACCCCAUGCAUGCGGUUGACAUGUUUGGGGUCGUCGCGGGUAUGGUGGCGGAUCAGCGGGUUUUAAUUGAUUUGGUCGAGGGGUGCCUUUUCCAUGAUGAUGAUGCCGCGCCGGUCAAGAGGACGGUGGACCAGCACCUUGCCUUGGGCAUCUCGCUGGGUGGGCAUAGCGUGUGGCAGCUAAUGUUUGCUGAGCCGAGGGUUGAAGCGGGCGUGGUUGUUGUUGGUUGCCCGGAUUUUAUGUACCUCCUCGCGGACCGCGCGCGACUGUCAAAGCUGCCGACUUACUCGGCCCAAGACAAUGGCGCAUCCUUCUUCGGUAGCAAGGACUUUCCUCCGUCGCUUGUGGAUGCGUGUAGGAAGAACGACCCCAAGGCCAUCUUCUUCGGGACUUCUGCUGUACCUACGACGACUGCGGCCGGGCCAGCGGAUGACGCUGCGAGGCAGAUUCUGCAUGACCGCCUGCGAGGUAAAAGGUUCUUGCUUUGCUCCGGAGGGGAUGACAAGCUGGUGCCAUACCGCUGCUCAGAACCGUUCCUGGAGUGGUUCAAGAAGGCGACGGAGUCGUGGUUCAAGGAUGAAGAUGUCUCUGUGGACAAUAGGGUCUACUCAGGCAUUGGACACUCAUUCAGCACGGACAUGAUCAAGGACUCGGUGCAGUUUGUCCUGGAUGUGGUUGCCCAUGCGGGGGAAAGGGCCUCGCCAGCUAAAACAGAUGAGCAGUGGGCUUCCAAGAUUUGA